UAUACUGUCAAGUGCGUCCAUUUCUUGUUUGACUUUUCCUGUGUCCAUCUAUGGCUAGAUCUUUAGUUUAGUGAUGUUCUGAGUGGAUUAUUGUGUUUUCAGGAUCCCUAAAUUGACUUGGCCUAACGCAGGAUUUUGCAAUAGAAGGCCAAUUGAUCAGACUGAUACUACCUAGAACAAAACCGAGAUCAGCGCAAGAAAAACGUAUUCAUAUUUGAGUGUCCGACAGUUCUCACUUGUCAAACAAUGGCCAAACAGACAAGAAACAGCAACCAAAAACCCAAAAUUAAGAAGAAAAGCAACGGUAGUGUCCGUCGUAAAGCAGUUUUUACCAAAUCUAAUCCGAACUUUAAGAAGACACCGACAAUGUUAAAUCGCAAAAUGCAAGAUGUGCGACAAAAACUUAUUCUGAAAAAACGAACCGUUACGGACGCCCGCGAUGUAUUGGCAAAAAUGGCAAAAACCCACGACGCCAGGAGUAGAUUGGACCGCAUGCGGAGCAAGCAAGAGAACAGAAAGACGACUCCGAUUGCUUCAUCCAGUUCGAAAAUCAAAGUUAUUGGCAAAAAUAUUGUUCAAAAAGUAGACGUCCAUGGCAAAAUUAGUCUCGUUACCAACAAAGCGAGGAACACGUCAAAUAUUAACUUGGCUAUUCAAAAGCAACUAGGCCUUCUACCUGCUACCAGGAUGCCAGCCAAGAGAAUUCAGUACCGAAAACCGCAAUCUCCAAAAUCAGUUACUCCCACAAAUAAACCUGUUCGCAAUGAAAGAAGUUAUGGACCGUCUAUGGCUGAAGCAGCCAGAGUGUACAAUAAAGAGAUGUACAGAUGGUUGAAACCAGAUCUGAGGCCUGCAUCUCAUUUGAUCAAUGCGCUGGAACCAACUAGGCAGGCAAUGCGUGAUGUUAUGCGUGAAGAAUUAUUAAUGGCCAAUAGAGGAUGGUCAAACUUGAUUACUCCAAAGCCAAUGAGACUGCAACCGAGUGGCUAUGUUGAUCUGGACGCUGCAGAUGAUGAUGUAGACAUGCCCGUGCUUCAUUUGCCUGCCAGUAGAGUCGCUCUUAAAGGGUUUAGCAGAACGAGUAACGUACAUUCAAGGUUGGAUGGGAAUCAAGACCAGUUUAAUAGUCAUGGUAUUAUGUCCGACAUCAAAACAAAAGUGGUUAUUCCCGUUGGUCAUCGAAUUGUCGUUUCAAAUUUGCAUCCUUCCGUCACUGAAGAUGAUAUUAAAGAACUCUUUGAAGACAAAGGUCAGCUUUUGUCAGCGAAAUUAGUCCGGCCAGGAGUAGCAGAAGUGAUUUACAAACAUUUAAAGGAUGGGCAAAAAGCUGUGGACACCUAUCAUAACAGACAGCUGGAUGGACAACCCAUGAAGUGUCUCCUCGUAAAUAAAAGACCAGUUUAUCAGCCAUCUGGCGCUGCAUUGUCGAACCUCGAAAGUUCACUGUCGAGAAGACAUUUAUCAGAUCGUUUUGACGAUUUGGUUCCAAGUAUGCGCACAAUUCACAAGGUUCUAUUUCAGAAGUAAUCUGGCUACUCGUCAAUCGGAGAGUACCUACGUGUUUUAUGAAGAAUAUGAUAUUUACAAAAUGAGAUAAAACUGCUUCUUCGUUACGUACGUUGUAUUUCAAAAACGUUCAAUCAGUUGUUGAAAUUCAUCAAUUCAGAAUGAAUCAGAUAGUUUGUUUUGCUCCUAUUUUAUUUUCUUUUGCUUCUAUUUCAAGUCUUGUUCUAUGUUUUCUAUGCAAUAUAGUAAUCUGGUUAAUAAGUUUUUUAUUCUCUAAUUAAUAGGUAUACGUAAAUGUAGAAAUAUUCAGUUUCUAAUAAAUUGCUUUGUGAAUGUAUGAAUAGAUCCGGUUAAACAAUA